UCAGUGAAUGUGACUUAUCUCGGAAGCAAACUUGCACCUUAGUCCCUGAAAUCAGGGAAAACGUCGUACUUCCUGUAAGGAAUAGUACAAAAGUACUUUUGAGGUUUUGGUAGAUAUCUUUAACAAUUGUUUGGACUUAUCUUCAGGAAAUACAAAAGAAAGCGACCAUUUUAAUAAAGACUCAAUCUGCUUUUGUUUCGUUGGUUUAAAUUAAAGGAUAAUUGAUAUCAAUUAUCCCAUACUUCCCUGUUGUCUUGUUACCGAAUUACCGUUCUUCAAAGUUAGCGUUUCCUUUUCCGAUAUCCGUAUCGUGAUAUCGGUUUUUCCGCGGAAAUAAUGGAAGGGAGCAGUCAGCAUUGUUCCUUAGUCGGUUCCGUUCUUUUGCUCUUGCGUUUCGUCCUGUCAUCCUGUCUUCAUAGAUCAAGAAAGUUGCUUCUGGAGACCCCGAGUCUCCGUUUCGUAUGACGUCAUACGCGUUUGGGAAAACUGACUGAACACUUAUUACCUACGGACGGAAUGCCGAAGAGGGGACGGGCGUUUUAUAAAAAGAUCAUGCAAUCCACCGAUUGCCCAUUCAAAAUUCGAACACGAGCUGCGUUCCCAUAGUUUAGCGGCGCUUUUUUUCAAUAAUUUACGUUCGGUACAAUACUUAUAUCUUGUGUUUUAAAACGAAAGUGAAACAGUUGAAUCACACAAAGCGAAAGAAAAGUUUCGAAUAUGGAUGUAGAAGAAUUUCGGGUGCGCGGCAAGGAGAUGGUGGAUUAUAUUUGUGCUUAUUUGGCAACCAUGAAGUCGAAGAGGGUUACCCCCAAUUUAGACCCAGGGUUUUUGCAAAAACUUUUGCCAUCGGAAGCACCGCAAGAACCAGAAGAAUGGGAUGACAUAAUGGAAGAUGUGGACACAAAAAUAAUGCCCGGUGUUACUCAUUGGCAACAUCCACAUUUUCACGCCUACUUCCCUUCCGGAAAUUCGUUCCCAUCCAUUUUAGGAGACAUGCUCUCAGACGCCAUAGGAUGCAUAGGAUUUUCUUGGGCUGCCAGUCCUUCGUGUACAGAGUUAGAAACAAUUGUGAUGAAUUGGUUUGGAAAAGCGAUAGAUCUUCCGAGCGAUUUCAUCUCGUCGAACCCUGGAAGUAAAGGCGGCGGUGUUAUUCAAGGAUCAGCCAGUGAAUGUGUAUUAGUGAGCAUGCUAUCUGCACGUAACGAAGCCAUUAAGCAUCUCAAAUCAAAAAAUCCAGACAUCGAAGAUAGCGCUUUCCUGCCAAAAUUGGUCGCGUAUUGUUCGAAAGAAUCGCACUCGUGCGUAGAAAAAACCGCCAUGAUACUUUUAGUCAAACUACGUAUCCUAGAACCGGACGAGAACUGUAGUUUGCGGGGGAAAACCCUGCUGAAGGCGAUGCAAGAAGACGAAGAGCAAGGACUGCUACCCUUCUUCGUUUCGACGACUUUGGGUUCAACAGCGUGUUGCGCUUUUGACAAUUUAAAAGAGAUCGGACCCAUCUGCAAAUCGAAACCUUGUGUCUGGCUACACGUAGACGGGGCAUAUGCCGGAAAUGCUUUCAUCUGUCCGGAACUCAAGCCUCUAAUGGCCGGAAUAGAAUACGCGGAUUCUUUCAACACGAAUCCUAACAAAUGGCUUCUGGUGAACUUCGACUGUUCGUGCCUUUGGGUCCGUGACAAAAUCAAACUCACUUCGGCCUUGGUCGUUGAUCCGCUAUACCUUCAACAUUCGAAGGCCAACGAAAGCAUAGAUUACAGACACUGGGGAAUCCCGUUGAGCAGAAGGUUCAGGUCACUUAAACUCUGGUUUGUGAUGAGAAAAUACGGUCUGUCAGGCUUGCAACAGUACAUACGCAACCACAUACGUCUCGCGAAAUAUUUCGAGUCUUUGGUCUUGAAGGAUAAGAGAUUCGAAGUCGUCAACGACGUAAAAUUGGGCCUUGUGUGUUUCAGACUUGUCGGUCCCGAUUCCAUAAACCAAACGCUCCUGGCAACCAUAAAUGCUUCCGGAAAACUACACAUGAUUCCCUCGAUGGUGAAGGGAAAGUACAUAAUUCGAUUUUGUGUUGUUAGCGAAUUCGCGAACGAAACCCACAUAGAAUAUGCAUGGAAAAUAAUAAGCAAUUUUGCGACGAGACUUAUUGGAACAUUGCCGAAACCCAUAUCCCCCGACACCGUUGUCAGACCGCCCCUUACGAGAUCGAAAUCGAGAAUUUUCUCGUUUACGAGAAGCGUCUCCAGAGACAUGUACCAAAGGUCUAUGAGCAAAUCGAGCCUCUUCGAUGGCGCAACCCCCAUCCUCAUACCGUCGGACGAGGAGUGUGAUACACCACCCAACAAUGAGGAUGUACUGAACGCUAUAAUCAGUAACGGGUAUCAUCAAAACGAAGAAGAAGUCAUAAAUAAAUUAGCUGACUUAAAAGUAGUGGAAUCGAGCAAUAAACCAAACGAAAUUAAAAACAAAAUUAAGGCGUAGCGAAAAAGCAACUAAAAUCGUUGACAAUUAAAAUGAUCAGUAUUACUAUAAUAGAAAUAAGUUCCUGAAAGUAUUUAGUGAGCGUCUGGAUACGAGUGCGUAUAGUUUUAAUUUAUUUAUUAUUGUAUUUAUUUCAAUGAGAACGUAUGAAAAAUGUUCAGUAUUUUUCUAUGUCCUAAACACUACAUAGUAUAAAAAUAAAUAUACCUAGUAAAUAUUUUUGAUAAUAAAA